AUGCUUACCUUCUGUAUCAAUAAUGCCAUGUACUGGUUUAACAACGUCUUCAACGGGCUUGAGCCGGCCAAGUUUGACAAUGUGACCCGGCAACUCAAUGCCGAUGGCAUGUCGAUUUCAAUUUGGAUUAACAUCUGGAAGAUUCUCGAUGCCACGCGCACGGCUGGCAUACUCUUCACGUGGGUUUUUGUUGCCCUCAGCUCUCGAAAAUCAGACCGUCUUCUGAACUUUUUGAUAAACCAAUCUGAAGCACGAUAG